AUGUCUUUCAGAGCCCUCAGACCUGUCCUUCGAGCCAGCACCAACCUCGCUGCCAGACGUGCUGUAGCUCCCGUAACUAGACCUCUGGCAGUCAGAGCUUUCAGUCUGACUGCUCGACGAAUGGGUAGCGGAGAGACCGACUCAACACUUGCAUCAGCUCUUGCCGCCGAACACAAAUUCGAACUCGAGAAUGCCGCUCAAUUACCUGAAGUACCAGCUUUCAUCGAGACCUUCAAGACUCAGGGCGUAUGGGAGAUUCAAGAUAUCCCAGGGGAAGAUGAUGUGAUAUUGACUAGGAAGUUUGGUAAUGAAACCCUCAAACUCACAUUCCAAAUAUCCGAUUUGGACUCCUUCGAACCACCUUUAAUCGAGAACGAAUCAGGCGAAGAGAUCGAACCCAGCGGUCCAACGAGCAUAGCAUGUUCAUUGGUAAUUACCAAAUCGGCAACUCCAGGAAGUUUAAUGGUAGAUUUGGAAACUUGCGAUGAAGGUUUUGAAAUUACCAAUAUUGCCGUAUAUGAGAAGGCCCUGGCGGAGAAGGAGGGUGCCGAGGGUGAUUGGGAGAGGAGAUCGAAAUAUAUGGGUCCUCAAUUCGAUCACCUCGACCAAGCUGUCCAAGAAGCAUUUGGAGCUUACCUUGCUGAACGAGGAGUUGACGAGGCUUUGGCCGACUUCGUCCUCUCAUACUGCGAGCACAAGGAGCAGAAGGACUACGUAUCUUGGUUGGACCAAGUCCGAGGAUUCGUGGAGCAAUGA